AUGCGUGCGCUCACCUGCUGAGUGUAAGGCCUUGGAUCAUGGUGGCGGGGUGAGCACGGGGAGCAACUUUCUGUUGACCGUAUUUUAACAGGAAAGAUUUGCAUAUAGAAGGUAUCGGUGCAUGGCUACGGAUGGCAGCAGCUUUAAAGGGUCUCACUGACUUUUGACCAUUCGGACUUUUGUGCUGUGGAAAGGUAAAACAAGUCCAACGUGGCUCCACCCUUUUGUAUAGCGCACACACACAGCUGUUGACACAAUAGCGAUGCUGGACCUCUACAAGACACCAGAAGAAUAGAGAGAGGAGGAUGGCUGUAUUGCUGUAUGCAGUAUUUUCUCUGGUUCUGCUCUUGAAUCCUGGAGCUGAGAGUUUUGCAAUCCUGCCUGGGGAUUCCCUCAACCAUCUGGAGAUCACAUCGAUGGCCAUUCUAAAUGCCACACUGCAAGCCUGCCGCUUUGUGGCUCAAACUGAAGGAACAGACUUUACAUUUCCUUCGGAGCCCUACACGUUUGAGACUGUAGCUUUGGCCUGCAAAUCUACCCAGUCCUCCAAGUCUUUCCGUCAGGCUGUUUAUCUGAUCACCUACAGAAAUGUGCGGGUAGACAUCCAACAUGCCCUGAAUGCCAGCUUUCACUUUGAUGAUGAGAGUUUUACUGGAGGAAGAGCGAUCAUCACUGAGUUGUUACAGUCAGUCAAAGCCAGCAUCAAACAGGAAAACUAUGACGCAGCCAGACAAAAGCUUGGAGAGAUGUUACAUCCACUGCAGGACUUCUACAGUCACAGUAACUGGGUGGAAAUAGGAAACACGGCCCCCAAUGCGAAUCUGAUCAGGUUAGACACCAGCAUCGGAAACAUUGCAGCACCUACCAGAGCGACCUGCCGUAACUGUAAUGGGGAUGAUUGUAAGAACAACAUUUUGGAGGACAUCAUUGAAGAGAAAGUUCUUACAUCUGGAUACUUUGGUGUCGUACCCAUAGUCUCAACAAAACCACCAGGUAAAUGCAGUCAUGGAGGAAGUGUGGAUCAAACCAGUAAGAUUGAGCCAAAAGGUGGAAUUAACAAAGACACAUUUGGGUCCAGUCAUGGUCACCUCCACACUCAGGCAGCUAACCUGGCCAUUGCUGCAACCAGCCAACUGCUCGAGGACAUCAGAGGGGCCGCAGGGGACAAAGAAUUUCUUCAGUUGAUGGGCAUCUCCAAAGGGUCCAGUAAAGCUCUGUGUUUUGUGAUUGACAUAACCAAAAGUAUGAGUGAUGACAUUGAGGCAGUGAAGGUGGUUACUAACACUAUCAUCAACACUGAAGUGGGCACGGACAAUGAGCCCUCAGUGUACAUCCUCGUGCCAUUCAGUGACCCAGAUGUGGGACCUCUGACAAAAACUACUGAUCCCCAAGUUUUCAAGCGCGUGAUCAAUGAUUUGUCGCCAAGUGGAGGGGGAGAUGAGCCAGAGCUGAGUUUGUCAGGACUACAGCUGGCUUUAACCACAGCCCCCUUUAACUCAGAAAUAUUCCUUUUCACUGACGCUGGAGCCAAAGACACUUACUUAAAAAGCACUGUGAUUGCACUUAUAGAGAGGACCCAGACUGUGGUGAACUUCCUGAUCACAGACUCCAUCUCCACCAAUCGGCGCAGGCGCAGCCCCAUCCCUCGGCUCGCACCCAUGGACUCACAGUUGUACAAAGAUUUGGCCCAGGCCUCAGGAGGGCUGGCCAUAGAGGUCUCCAAAAGUGACCUCUCAACAGCCUCCAGCAUCAUCACUGAGGCAUCCAUCAGCUCUGUGGUGACUCUCCUACAAACAGCCCGUAGCCCUGGAGUCACAGAGACCUUCCUUUUCACUGUGGAUGAAACCAUGACCAAUGUUAUAGUUUACACCACAGGCAGCAGCAUCAGCUACACUUUAACAAGCCCGUCAGGCCUCAACCAGAUCGGCACAUCCGGGUCCCUGGUCACUUCCUCAGAGUCAGUGGGAAACUUCCAGACGCUGAGGCUCACAGUGCAGACAGGAGAAUGGAAACUCAAACUUUCCUCAACUAACCCCUACACCCUGAAGGUCAUAGGUAAAAGCCCAAUUGACAUCCUGGUUGACUUUGUGCAAGCUUCCCAAGGACUUUUUGGUGGAUAUGACACCCUUGAGACACGCCCAAAAGCUGGUGUUGAGGGCUACCUUGUGGUGACCCUAACUGGAAGUGACUCUGCGACAGUGACAGAGGUGGUAUUAGUGGAGGCACAGGGGUCAAACAUAAUCCCUGGAGUGGUACAGGCUGUAGAGGGGACAUUCCUCGUCAGGUUUGCCACAAUCCCAUCAGGACAGUUUGUAGUGCAGGUCAAAGGGAAAGACGGCCCCUCUGUUUUUCAACGCCAGUCACCAACCAGCUUCACAUCCUCCAAUCUCACCAUUACGGCCACUCCAAAUGACCUUUUGACCCCAGGGACCCCCUUUGUUGUGCCUUUUACAAUAUCAACUAGUGAAGUUGGGGUCAACAUCACCAUCAGAGCUACCAAUAAUCGGGGCUUUACAUCAACUUACCCGAGCACUUUAGUGAUAGAGAGUGGAAACAGCACAAAUGGGACAGUGACGCUCUCCGCUCCUCUCAACACCCCGUCCGGCAGUGACGUGACGCUGACCAUAGAGGCCGAGACCCCCAAAGGCGACGAUAACUAUGUGGUGCUGCGCUUCUCUGUCUUCAACACAGUGACAGACUUCACAGCUCCUGUGUGUGAACUCUUGAGUAUUAGCUCCAACUGCUCUGUAAACUGCAGCUCUUACCAGUGGUCAUUCUCAGCACAGGUCAGUGAUGGCGCCGAUGGGACAGGUGUGGAGAGGGUCAGUCUGAAAGAGGGCAAUGGGACCCUCACUACGAGUCCAGACCCUCAAAAUGCAAACAUCAUCAAAGUGUCCUACAGUGCCUCCUGCUGCUCGCCCUCCAUGCAGUUACUGGUAGUGGACAGAGUGGGGAAUGUUGACACUUGUACCUUUUCCUAUAAUAGCAUUGUAACCUCUCCAUCAUCUUUGGCCACCAAAAGUACUCCGACAACCUUUGUACUCUUUAUCACCACCUUCAUUCUUUUGUUUUUUUCUGUGACAAAAUAAAAAGCCAAAAUAAAUGAAGCUGAUUCCUUAAAAAGCGGAGCACAAAACCACAUAAGUAAAUACCUUAUACAUUGUGAAAUAUUGUCCCAUUAAAGUAUGUUUUUUAACUGUAAAUUAAUUUUAAAUUGAACUUUUUUUUCUCAUAAAGAUGGAAUACAAUAUGUAUUGUUUGUUGGUAUUACUCUGCACUCUUACUUUGCAAACCUUUGCACUUGCUGUUUGAAAAACACAGAAAAAACGUAGCAUUACUAAUACAAGUAUGUGUGCCUUAUUGUUUUUGUAUAUUGUUGUGCCAAAAUGGAUAUUUCUAAAAAAAUAAAUUGUGAUACAAAUGUAUGCCAUAACAUGAAUUUAUAUAAAAACUGUAAUACAGUAAUUACAGAAUGAGAAUAAACUUAAUGUAUUCUUAGAUUAGAUUUUUUUUAUAUAACUAAAGCAUAAGAGUUAUUUGCUAAAUACAAUAAUCAGAUUGCAAAGGAGUUU